AUGUUUGGAAUUAAUUCGCCUGAGAAUCAGUACGAUUAUGCUGCCUGGCAGAAAAUCUUUUCCAAUUAUGAUCCAAGCACAAUCUCAUCGAUAUCACAGCAAAAUCAAAAAGAUAUUGCCGAAUUAUACGAAAAAUUCCUUGAGAUUUUCCCUCAUCUUCACAUUUAUUGGACAAAAUAUGCUCAAUUCCAAUUAGCUGCUUCAGGAGUUAUUGAUGAUGCUAUUAAAAUCUUCGAAAGGGCUCUUGAAAAGAAUAUCUUAUUUUAUUCAAUUGAUAUGUGGAAUGAAUUCAUUAAAUUCAUCGUAUCUAACAUGCAAGAAAAUAAGAAGAUGAUUCGCGCAGUCUAUGCUCGUGCUCUUGAUGCUGUUGGUUGGCACUUCAAGUCUGGCUCAUUAUGGACACAAGCUAUUGAUUUUGAAUUGCAAAAUUCCCGCAACCCAUUCUUCUACUAUGCAAAAUCUGUUAAGAAUCCUACAUCAGAUCUUGUUAAAUUGUACAAAGAAAUGCAAACAAUCAUUCCGAAAACAGAAACGGAAAUCAUUACAGGCAACAGUCUUGACAUGACUCUUUCCGAAUACAUUAACCUUCCAGAAGCUCGUCUUGGCACUCAAAUUGUCGCUACAGAUGACAAAAACAGACUUGAAAUACUUUCUCAGGUUGCAACCACAUAUGAACGCUCUGCUGCUCUUUGCCGUGAGAUCCUUCCAUACGAAAGCCAGAUUACCCGUGAUUAUUUCCAUUUCAUAACUCCAGAUGAAGCUCAGAUCUCUAUUUGGGAACAAUAUUCCACAUGGGCAAUUGAGAAAGGCAACAAUGAAGCAGCUGUUCGCAUUUUUGAGCGUGCAGUAAUUCCAUGUGCUCAUAUUGAUGCAAUUUGGCUUGAAUAUGCAUUUUAUCUCGAAGAUAUUGGUAAAAUCGAAGAAGCACGCGAAGUAUACGAGAGAAUGCCACAAGAUAUACUUAAGCGCUGCAAAGUUUACCAUGCGGCUUUCGAAGAACAAUACAACAAAGAAAAAGCAUCCGAAAUUUACCAAAAUCUUUCCAGCAGUGAUUUUGUUGAAGAAGUCCUUGCAGCAGCUAAUUAUUUCCACAGGAUACAGGAUGACGAAAACUCAGUGAAAGUACUCACAGAAGCACAGGCAAGACUCCAAGCAGCAAAUGACUCAAACGGUGCAGGAGUUGUCAACGCGAGAUUGAUGGAUAUUCAGUGGCCAACACAACCUGUUGAAAACUCCGCUGUUUCUAUUGUUAAAUUCUGCCAACUCGCGGAAAAUGAUGAUAAAAACACGUUGCUCUUCAAUGCUGUCUUCGGAGAACCAGCUCCAAUUUGCUUGGAAGACAGAGUACAACUCGCUGUUCUUUACUACGAAUUAAUAAGAACUCUCAAUGUCAGUUUGGAUUUCCAAACUCAGUUGGAAAUGAAAGUCCAACAAUUGAAGUCGAAGUUAUUGUGGUACAGGUCUUUCUUCGAUCAGAAUCAACUCAUCAAUGAAGUUCCGCCUGAAAGAAUACAACAAAACUGGGAGAAAUAUCAAGAAGGCUUAUAA